AUGGCCCCAAUGGUUCAGAACUUCGACCCUGAGGAUCUCUUCUCAAGGCGUUGCAUUUGGGUGAACGGACCUGUGAUAGUAGGUGCUGGUCCUUCGGGUCUUGCAGUGGCUGCAGGCCUCAAAGACCAAGGUGUUCCAUUCAUAAUCCUUGAGAGAGCAAACUGCAUUGCCUCUCUCUGGCAAAACCGCACCUACGAUCGCCUCAAGCUUCACCUCCCCAAACAGUUCUGCCAGCUUCCAAACUUCCCUUUCCCUGAGGACUUCCCUGAGUACCCCACAAAGUUUCAGUUCAUAAGCUACCUUGAGUCCUAUGCCAACCACUUCAACAUAGCCCCACAGUUCAAUGAAACAGUGCAGUCUGCAAAGUACGAUGAGACCUUUGGCCUUUGGAGGGUCAAGACCAUCAGCAGGAGGAAAGGCCCCUCCUCAGCUGCUGAGUGUGAGGUCGAGUACAUUUGCAGGUGGCUUGUGGUUGCCACCGGCGAAAACUCAGAGAAAGUGGUGCCUGAGUUUGAAGGAGUCUAA